CUAAAACAGAAGGUACUCUUCAAAGAGCAUUGCCUAGAAGAAUUAUUUUUUGAAUUUGGGCCGAACCUUACCUCUAUUACAUGGAAGAGCUCGAUCCUGGCAUCGCCAGAGAGUCCGAUGAUAUCAGCGAAUAUAUUAAAGGAGCCAGAAGUUCUCGUGGAAUGGAUCUGAACGAUGAAGACGAGAGCGGAAACGAGAAUGGCAGGCAACUAUUUCUGGUCGGCACACCGCGCGAUCCAUUGGUAUCAGCCGGUGCGAUCGUAGCAUCGUCGACAAAUGUUUCCGACGACGUCAAUCAGAGUGACGAUCUGCAGUCGACCGCCCUGACUGGUCUAAUCGAUGGCGCGCAAUUCACCUCCGUCUGCUUCCCUGCAAAAUUCACAUAUGAUUUCUCGACUGGCCCUGAAAGCGAAGAGAGACCAUCCUGCGUCAUCGGCAAAAGGAAGCAACGUAGGUAUCGUACCACAUUUUCCAAUUUUCAGCUGGAGGAGUUGGAACGUGCUUUUCAGAAGACCCAUUAUCCCGAUGUUUUCUUUCGGGAGGAACUCGCAGUUCGUAUCCAACUGACAGAAGCUAGAGUACAAGUGUGGUUCCAAAAUCGGAGAGCAAAAUGGCGCAAGCAGGAAAAGCAAUGUAAAAUCGCAACUCAUAUGACGUCAUCGCACUUACCACCGAAUUGUCAAGAAGUGCAGCAACAUCAAUCGCAACACUCGGAUCACUUGUUAUUGGAAUCACCGUGUAGUCCUAUAUAUCUCGGCAUGGAAUGGGCAGGUUUUUCUCCUUAUAACAACACAGAUAGCGCAUCAUCUCUUAUCGUGAACAACAUGAACAAACCAACGGAGACAGAAGCUGACAAUAAUCCACUGCUCGAUCCUGAAUUGUUACAAUUAAAGCCUCCACGUUCCUAAUAAUAUUAAGAAUAUUCGUAUAUAUUGUUUAUAAUUUGAAUGACGUUCCAUGCUUUCUGAGAAAGAAGUUACGCGAUUAAUAUUAUAAUUGAAAUAACUUGCAAUAUAAUUUUAACAUAGAGAAUAUAUAUUGCGCGCCUAAAGCAUAAGAAGGCUUGUCGAACAACGAAUGAAGUUUUUAUGACGAAAUUGAAAUUUUUAUAUUGAUUGUACGAAUGCAUACAUUAUUUAAAGAAUGACCAUUUGGGGCCUUAUUAUAUAUUAACGACCUAUCAUUCGUCGAUGAAAAAAGUCGCGAUCAUAUUCAUAAAGAUGGUCGUAUGUACAUUUUGUAAGAGGAAAAAUGUAUGUAUAAUGGAGUGUCUGUUUCUUUCGGAUAAGUAGAUUCUAUUAAAGGAAAAGUAAUAAAUAUUUAUAUUAUGUACAAAA